AUGGAGUCGGAUGGAGUCAAAUGGGGUUGGCCCUGGAUGGAUCCCGUUACGCAACCCCGUGCUAGAGGGGCUGGACCGAAGAAGACCUGGACGGCCAAAACGGUUGAUCCAUACGGCUGUUCCUCGGAUAUCUGUGUCGAGACCGAAUAUCAAACGAUUGACUCCGAUCGCAUCGAACGUCCCCACAGUCCCUCUUCCGUUGCAUCCUCCUCUACUCUUCGUGAAAAUACCCAGUCAAGGACCAUUAGCACAGCCCCGACCGAGAACGAGAACCCUUUUGGUGAUGACGCUCGGGUGUCCUUCGAUGAACCUCAUCGGUCAAGUCUACCCCAAAAGGGGUACGCUUUCGCCAACAACCGUAACUCGACCUCAUCUCUUAACUCGACGCCUUCUAUGAUCCAACGAAAUCAAAGUGUUUCUUCUCGUUUCUCGAUUCCCCGCGCUCUCAGCCCUUACACCGGAGCCACCGGACCCAGCCAUCCAUAUGAACGUCCACUUGAACAAUCAACUGGUCCACAGCACCCCUACGCGAUGUACUCGCAGAAUGUGGUUGAGGAAGGAAUGGAUGAUGAUAUCAUCCCAGUCGGAUUUCCAGGCCAUAACCCACCAUAUCAACCGCCCGCUGGUCGUCAGGCUGAUGAUGUGGGUGACAUCAUUGGACCGGAUGGUCAUGCAGAGCCGCUACCACCCUAUUCCCGCUAUCCAACUGGUGCUGUACCCAAGCCUCCAGGGGCUGAGACGACGGCCGAUCUCAACACCCCACCAGAGGAACAGCGCCUCAACAAUGAAAGCCCAAGAGCACCACCGAUUUCAGAAACCUCAUCACGGCCCUUGGUGCCUGAACAUUCUGGCGACGAUAACAAUGGUGGGAAUGGGCAUGGACAGGAAAGAGUCGUUGCGACUACAGGCAUCAUGGCCUUCGAAGAAAAACUCAAACGCAAGGGGAAACAGACCGCAUGCUGUGGCCUACCUGUGUGGACAUUUGUCCUCAUUGCGACUGUGAUGCUCAUUGGAGGGUGUAUUGGAGGUGUUAUUGGUGGUGUUCUUGGAACUAAGAAAGCCGCAGAAGCUGCAAAACAAGAAGACCAAGAAGCUCAAAAAUCCAGCGCCUUGCCAAUUAUAACGGUCACUGCAACCCCUCAGAUGGACGCGUCCUUGAUAUCCACCCCCACUUAUCUCAAGCAAGUACCUACCGGCCACUAUGUGGUUCCUUCCGGUUAUCAAAAUGGAUCAGGACUUUGCGUGGACGAGACGAAUUACGGGAAAGCCUGGAAGUGCUUGCAAGCGUCGAACAAAUUCGGGAUUUUUGUCGACGAAUCCAAAGGUCACCAUUCUAUCAUUUUCGGCGACACUGGUCCAACCCCAACCUUUACAUAUGGUGCCCAGCCACCGUAUUGGUCUGCGUCGCCUACACAAGCAUUGAGUAUGGCAAUUGAUACCACAGAUAUUGGCAUGGGCCCUGCUCUGUUUUUCCUUUCUCCGUUCGACAAGUUAGUCAUUGUUCCAGAGGAUACAUUCUCUAACUCCCUUUCCAAGCGCACGUGGGUGGACGAUAGGUGGGCAGCUGCAAACGCCUACAAGAACCUGAAGCAGACUGCAGAAGUUGGCGACAAGCCGUGGUUCUGUUGGUGGAAUAACACGAUGAUGGAGUUCUUCUUGUACGUCAACCAGUCGACGUCGCAUUCCUUGGGCACCACCGCUGCCACCAACAGCGACAUGGCAGCAAGCACAGCUGGUAUAACUGCUGAUUCCAAACGCGGCGAAUCCAUUUCCGAUUACCCACGGAGGAUCAAGAUGGAGGAGCGUCGAGACGACCCAUCACGCGAAGCUCCUUACUGUCAGCAAAUGCAAAUUCGCAAUGACGGAGGUUUGGCGCUUCUUUCGGGCAACAUCAUCAACAUCAAAGAGAAUGAGCCCACGCCGACUACUACCUACACCAAUUAUAAAGGUGGCACUGCCCAGACAUAUACUGCGCAGGCAUCUUACGCCAGCCCCUGCUACUGUGUGUCUCUGACUGACUAG